AUGGCAGUAGCCACACACAAUCCGGGUGUCAACAGAGUUGACGUCGGCUGCGCGAAGGGAACGUUGACAACGGGUUCUUGCCCAAGUGUGGUAUGCCCAUACCUGCAGUAUAUGGGCGGUGUUGACCGCCAUGACCAGCUCCGACUUCAGUCCUACUCGAUACAGAUGUCCUGCAGAUUUCGCAAGUACUACAAAGGCUUAUUCCUAGAACUCGUUGACAUGGCACUGGUAAAUGGAUACAUCACGCACAAGUGCAAUGCGGUGAAGCAGAACAAGAAACUAUACAGCCACUACUAG